AUGACCAGAGAGGAGGCCAAAGCUUCACCAAAGUUGAUUAGAGGUACAAUCUCACUUUGUGGUCACCAGAUAGAUGCUUUGUUUGAUUUUGGUGUCACACACUCCUUUAUAUCUAAUGAUUGUGCCAAGAGGCUAAAAUUGCAUAUGCUUGAUAAACCGUUUGCCAUGAAUGUUUCUACACCGGCUGGUGCAUAUGUGAGGACUAGUCGGGCUUAUUUGAAACUAGAAUUGAAGUUUGGUGAUAGAGUUUCUGUGAUUGACUUAAUCUGCUUACCUUUGAGUGGCAUUGAUAUAAUAGUAAGGAUGGAUUGGUUGUCUACCAAUGGUGCAACACUUGAUUGUAAUAAAAAGACAGUCUCCUUACCAAUUUACACAGUGAUAGUUGUUAACCCUGAACCUAUCAAGUCAUUGUCAGUAGUGGAUUAUGAGACUCCCAAGUUCUUGAUAGCUCUACAAGUGGAGAAGUCAGUGAAAGAAAGGUGUCUAGCUUUUAUGAUCUAUUAUCCUACACAUGAAGCGUAUAAUGGAGGAAUUGAUAGAAUUGGUGUGGUGAAUGAGUUUCUAAAGGUGUUUAAUGACCAAAUGUCAGGAUUGCCACCUAAAAGAGAGAUUGAAUUCUUAAUUGAUUUAGUACCCGGUACUGAGCCAAUCUCUAAAGCUCCGUAUUAG